AUGAACAUCCUCCUCGUCGCCCUAUUGAUACAUGGUGAAGCAUAUGCCUUCAAAAUGGGCAACGUUCGUAUGCAGAUGAAGACGACGCAUUUCUGUAAUCUUGACUUGAGGGACGUCAAAGGGAACCCAAUGGGAUGUCACAUCUCCAAGGCUAUGGAGACUGAAGGGCUGGUCCUACCUGGUAUGGAUGAUAACAAGUCGUUCACCGUUCAUCGAGACAUCUUCAUCGCCAAGGACGGUCAAGCAGUGGUUCAAGCAGCGCCAAGUCACCCGUACCUGUAUCUCUUCAUGGUCCAGAACGAGACGCACUUCAGUACCUCCCAAUUCUUCAAUAAACAGUCGUUCCUCAUAAACCAGGGAACCAGGAAGAUGGAUGAUAUGCCCAAUUCUCGCAGGCUCAAUGCCAAUCGUACGCUCGAGGAUGAUGGUUGGAUCUAUAAAGGCUUGAUAGAUGACGGUGAACGCAAGCUGAACAUGUGGUCCAGAAGUGGAGUAGAAGGUGUGGAUCCCAAAUCGGGUCUCAACUUCACUGCCCUCGCUCAGACUGGUGCGAUCAGUAACAGUUGGGUUCUCUAUCUUGACGAGAAUCACAAGCAGAUGGUGGAUCUCUUGGGUAUCAAUACCUUCGAUGAAAAAAUCUAUCUCGAGUCCAAGGUCACUUAUUGGGAAGAUCUCGACGAUGCAUUAACUUUGGAUGAUGCCAUAAAGGAGAUUCACGCGGCGUACGGCAUAGUCCAGAGCUACAAUCAAGCAGCAGCAAAAGAGGAGGCGCCACAACUAGAUGUUGAAUUCGACAAGACCCGUUUGGUUAGCGAAGAGUUUCGUCGAUUUUUCAACGAUGGGAAGAGCCACGACUGGAGGUCGAACAAGACUCACAUUCGUGGAGAUAAGUCGGUAGCACCGAUUGAUUAUUUUCGUAUCUCCAAUGGCACAGCUGCACAUGAGUUCUUUCGGCAUAAGUAUCACUCUCCUCUACAGGACAAGGAUGAUAAGAAGGAGUUUGAAUUACCACCGGCUUGCAAGAGAGGUUUGACCACAUCGGUCUCUUCAUACUGCCUGUAUGUUGGUUUCGACUCCAACAACACGUUUAUGGGCCUCGAGCUAUAUAUGGCUUAUACCGAUCAAGAGAAUGAGGAAAAUAGAGCUCACAUGAAUGUCACAGUCCAUUUGAAGCAGCCGAAGACGGAGGUCCUACUCUUUGGUUUCGAAGCCGGUGGAUGCGCCCUAGUUUGGGGUGCUAGUGUUGGCUUCGCAAGCUUGCGCAUUGAAGUAUGUCUUACGGGUGCAGGCAGCGGUGGGAGUGGCCGUUACGAAGGGAAAAUAGCGAUGUCGGUCUCGUUCAUAAUCAAAGUCUGGAUCGUUCCUGCAUUGAGAGUCACACUCUCUGGUCAAGUUGGGGUCAAGUAUGCGAACAAGGGUGAUAUCAAAGCACAUGGUGAGCUGGGCAUCGAUGUCUCGGCGAUAGUUGUCGGAGCCGGUAUAUCUGUGGACAUCUUCGGCAACAGUGUUGAUCACAAACCGGAUGUUUGGGAAUUCAAAUCCCACUUCAACCUCCACGUAUGGGUCAAUGUUCUGGUCUAUAGCCAUACCUGGCCAUGGAGCUGGACUAUUUGGGAAGCUGGUCCAGUUAAAUUGCGAUAA